AUGUCUGGAAGAGGAAAAGGUGGUAAAGGUUUAGGCAAAGGUGGUGCAAAACGUCAUCGAAAAGUCUUACGUGAUAACAUCCAAGGUAUAACGAAACCGGCGAUUCGUCGUUUGGCUCGUCGAGGUGGUGUUAAACGUAUUAGUGGAUUAAUUUAUGAAGAAGUGCGAGGAGUUUUGAAAAUAUUCCUUGAAAAUGUUAUUCGAGAUGCUGUUACAUAUACAGAACAUGCCAAACGAAAAACCGUAACAGCAAUGGACGUAGUUUAUGCCCUCAAACGUCAAGGUCGUACAUUGUAUGGUUUUGGUGGUUAA